AUGGUCUUCACGAUUAAUUACUGCGAUGAGACAAAUAAACAGAAGAUCGUCAUGCAGAGGAAAGCAGCCGCGGCCGCGUUGGCAGCAGCGCAGAAAGCAAAAGCCAACAAGCUCGCUGAAGAGAGCAAGGGCAAGGAAAAGGAAGCCAGCGCCGCUGUCAUCGAAAAGGAUCAUGACGAAAGAGUGAAAGAACGGAAAGCAUACAUUUUACGAUGGAUCCGUUUGACCAUCAAGACCCUCGGACCUGACUGGGUGGUAUUGAAGCCCAAGUUGGAACGGAUAAAAGGCUUAUUGGACACAGAAAAGGCAAACAGACUGGGUGAGGACAUCCAGAAGAAGGAAGAUGCCCUCACUAUGCUUGCAGAAUAUGAUUUAGAGAUGAACAGUCUCGAUGCAGUAUCCGUUAUGCGCGAGAGUCCAUUCUGGAAGGCGGCAACGGCCAAGAUCAAGAUUCCUGAGUAUAUAUGA